UGUAUACAUAUCUGCUUAGCCUCGUGCACCGAGGCUCACAUAUUUCAUACAAAUGCAAGUUUUUCUUUUAUUAUCGAAUUAAUAAAAUAAGUAAAAUCGUCACAUAUCAACUAGCGGAAUAUCUAUCUAUUUUGUCCCAUCGAUUUAAAUGCUUCAAGUAUUUGACAAUAAUGCAAAUGCCAAAAGGUAUAUAACCUCUGUCUGAUAUAUGUAAACAAUAAAAACAUGGGCGAAACAAUUUGCAAAAAGUGUCAAGAAGGAUGUGAUCCCUACGAUAGUCCAUGUGUGCGUUGCAUCGGGGAUUGCGAACAGUCGAUGCACAUUGCAUGCUUAAAACGUGGUGGUCUACCGACCCUCUUUGCCGGCGAUGUAUUUUUCAAUUUUGAAUGUGAAAAUUGUUCCGUCGAAAAGGAGCAAAUUUUCACCAGGUACAAAAUGUCUUGGCUCAACGUUAUCAUUUUAACGAUGUACCAUUUGAAAGAGAAACAUCUUGGUAUUAGUAGGAGAGGAUAUUUUCAUUGGAAAACUCAAAUUGCAGUGUUUAUAUCGGAUAAUUGGGAUUCUUUGUUUCCUAGUACAGUAAAGAAAAGAAAGCAAUGGGUUGGUACUAUAUCUGGUAUUUUGUCACAUCACAGUGGUAUAUACUUUGAAUCUGGUUUCAAAGAGCUAGAAACACCAGGCUAUUGGAAGUUGAUAGGAAAUGAUCCACCUGAAGUUUAUAUAGCUAGAAAUCAGAGGGAAGUUGAAUUGAAGAAAAAAAAUCAAAAAAUAUCCAAGGGUAAAGUUCUCAAAGAUGUUCCAGCUGAACCAAAUAUUAUUAAUAACUUUGGUUUUAACAGUAAUUCUAAUCUUAAUGGCGUGGAAAACAUGAGACCUAUGAAUAAUGUACAAGUAUUUCAAAAAAAGAAUUUUCAAUACAAUCAUGAAUUAAUUAAUACUGUGAAAGAGGAAAUUUCUGAGGAUUUAAAUGAUUUUUUAAAAUAUGAUAUGGAUUUUCAACUACCAAGUAUAGACGAUUUUCCUGCAUUAAACAUGGAAUUAAGUCCCGCUAAGGAAGGAAUACCCUUUCCAGAAUCAAAUUUCUUUUCUGAUGAUUUUAUAGCUCAGUGUUUGUCCACUGCAUCAGAAUCCAAAGAUGUUCCUUAUGAAAAUAUGAAAAUAAUUGAUGAAUCAUCAGAUAUAAUGGAUGAAAAAACGUUUUUGAAUUUUUCAAAUGUACAAACUAGUGAAAUUGAACAAUUUAAUGAGCCAAUGGAAUGUUCGAGCAUUGAGAAAACAAUUCCUGAAGCCAUUAAAAUUUGUAAGAAUGAGAAAAAAUUACCCAAACCACUACCUUCAUUAUUCAAGCCUAAAAAAUCAAGACCAUGGCCAUGGGAUGAAUCUUUUAAUUUUAAAAAAGAUGACUUGAAGCCCAUGAUGAACAUAAGAGAAGAAGAAUUUGUGCUUCAAAAAAUUGAGCAGUACAAGCAUUUACUUAAAUCUGCUCCUGCUGAUAUAAAAAGACUUUACAGAAAAUUAGCGGUUCGUAGAGUCAAAAGGCAAUAUGGAUUACCGAUACUGAAUAUUGAUAAUGUUGGAGAAAAAAUACCGAAUACUAAACAAUUUCAAGUUAGAAAAAAAGGCAAUGCAGUUUUAGACCGAUUUGUAUUGGAUGAUGCUAUAUUUUUUGAACAAAGAUUACAAGGUGCGGGGUCUUCUACACCUGUAUAUAGCACUUAUACAAGCAGGUUAUUACAACCAUACAUUAGAAGAGACACUAGUAGUCAUCCAUUAUGGCUUAAAGUCACAGAUGAACUAAUUGCUAAAGUUAAUAAAAAAAAAUUAGGUUGGAGACCUAGGCCUUUUGCUCCUAUAGAUUAUUCCUACAUUAGACCACAGCACAUACCAGCCAUCAAUUGUCUUUGCAGCCAAUUUUUUUGGCCUGGGAUUGACUUGACAGAGUGUCUCAACUAUCCAGAUUUCACAUGUGUUGUUUUGUACAAAAAAUUAGUUAUAGGAUUUGCUAUUAUGGUACCAGAUGUAGGCUUUGAUGAAGCCUAUAUUUCUUUUUUAUUAGUACGUCCUGAAUGGCGAAAUGCCGGCAUUGGAACAUUUAUGAUUUAUCAUUUAAUUCAAACAUGCAUGGGAAAAGACAUAACUCUACAUGUUUCUGCAUCAAACCCUGCCGUCACACUGUAUCAAAAAUUUGGAUUCAAACAAGAAGAAUUUGUUCAAGAUUUUUAUGAAAAGUAUAUUCCACCAUCUUCCAAAGAAAGUAAACAUGCACUUUUUUUGAGACUAUCUAGAUAAUAAGGUUCAAUUUAUAAAAAAAUUAAUGUAUA